AUGGCUGGGAGUGAGGGGCCGCACCCUCCAUUUCACCAACUUUUGUUGGUAUUGAACUAUCUCUUUGUCUGUGUAAUGCUUCCUCGUGAUGAGGGUGCCAUGUGGUGCAUUAUCUACCGCCACUCUGCUGACUGGGAAAAGCAUUCGUCUUACAAUACAACGGACUUUUACCGUGGCUACUCAGUACACGUGAUACUUUGA